AUGACUAUUGCUGCAUAUGCGUAUGAAGCUGACAGAGCUAAACGUUUAUAUUUUGGUCAAUACUCUCUCACACUUACUGACAAAUAUAUUGUUAUUUCUGAUGGAAAUACCGAGAAAUACAUAACAUGGAAGGACUAUGAAAAGUUUGACCCUAUUUUAACUCCAUGUACAAUGCCAUUCAUUGUAAAUGGUGAAAUCGUCAUGAAGAACGACACAACAGUAUAUAAGUCUGUAUAUGAAGCAUUAGAAUAUAUGUUGAAUUAUAAUCCCGAAAUAUUUGACCCAAGCACUACACCAUGUACAAUGCCUUUUAUUAAGGAUGGUGAAAUCGUAAGAGUUCCGGAUUCAACGGUUUAUACUGCUGUUCAAAACAGUUUACAAAACAUUUUAGCGAAUAUCUUUAAUUCAGAAACUACAGAAAUAAAAUUACCAUAUAUAACAGAUGCUAAAGAAAUUAAAUCAAAAACGACAACAUUAUUUACGUCACUUAAUGAUUUAAUGACUUAUAUCAUUAAUAUUCCUGCACCAACUACAGCAUUUGAUCCAAACUCGACGGUUUGCAGUGUACCUUUCAUAAAGGACAGUUCAGUAAUUGUUUUAAGGGAUUCAACAGUUAAUGAAUCAUUAAAGGCUUCAUUAAUGAAAAUCAUUGAUUUUAACUCAUUCACGAAUACAUAUAAUUCAUUCAUUAAUGUUUCAUAUGCUUCUAAAGAAGGUGAGCCAAAAACUAUCGAUAAAGCGGUGUAUGAAAUAAAAGCAUCAACGACGAAAUUGAAUUCGUUAACUUUUGACGGUGAUAGUUUCGUUAAUGACAUAACAUCGGGGAAAACAAUUUUAACGAAAGAAUAUUUAAAAUCUCAUGUUAGUGAGUUCGUUGAAAUUGAAAAAGAAGGUGGAAUUAAGUUCGAUCCACUGAAUUUCAUUUUCAGCUUAGCGAAUGCGGGUGUUAGUUUCGCUGAAUGGACAACUAUACAGAGUGAAAUAAAUGCAAUAUGGACGUUUUUGGGGUCAAAAGCGGGAAUGGGUGAGCUUGUAAAUGCUGCAAGAACAUUAGGUGAAACAGGAAAUUUUGUAGAUGGUUUUAAAAGACUUGUUUCAAAUGUUUUAACAAACACAAAG